AUGUUGAUGCCUAAACAGAAUCGCGUUGCUAUUUAUGAAUACCUCUUUAAAGAGGGUGUUAUGGUAGCCAAGAAGGAUUACCAUGCUCCCAAACACCCCGAUCUGGAGAAGAUUCCUAACCUCCAAGUUAUCAAGGCUAUGCAGUCAUUAAAAUCCAGAGGAUAUGUCAAGGAACAGUUUGCCUGGAGGCAUUUCUAUUGGUACCUUACCAAUGAAGGUAUUGAGUACUUGAGGAUCUUCUUGCACCUGCCUCCUGAAAUCGUACCCGCAACCCUCAAGCGUUCCGUACGCGCUGAGACCGUCCGCCGCGGCGCUGUUGGCCGCCCAGACGCUCCUGCACGCUCCGCUGAGGACCGAUCAGCAUACCGCCGUGCCCCAACCACACCAGCUGCCCAUGACAAGAAGGCUGAUGUCGGCCCUGGAUCUGCUGAUCUUGAAUUCAGAGGAGGUUUCGGACGAGGCAGGCCUGCACCUUAA